AGAGAGGCGCGCGCCGCCGUCGCCCCAUCCUGUGCUCCCAACCCGACGGGCGGAUGUGACGUCGCCGGGCCGCUAGAUUGCUGCGCAGUUCUCCAGAGCAGAGGGGAGGGAGGGCUUAGCGCGAAAGCGGCUCGUUCUUGAGGUAGUGGUGGUUGAGGUAGCUCCCUCCUCCUCGUCUUCCUCCUCCUCCCGCCGCGGGCCGUCAAGAACCAGAACGCGACAGCCGGGACAGGGUCGCCACCGUCGCCGCGACGACGACCAGCCACAGUUCGCAUUUACUAUGGCGCUGGUCAAAAGUGGGUGGCUGCUUCGGCAAAGUACUAUAUUAAGGCGCUGGAAGAAGAAUUGGUUUGAUUUGUGGUCUCAUGGUCAUCUAUUAUUUUAUGAUGAUCAAAAUCGGCAUGAUCUAGAGGACAGAAUUCACAUGAAAGUGGAUUGUAUCAAUGUCAGAGUGGGGGAUGAAUGCCGAGGCUUGCAGCCUCCAGAAGGAAAACCUCAGGAUUGUUUGCUGCAGAUCAUUUGCCGUGAUGGAAAAGUGCUCAGUCUCUGUGCAGAAAGUGCUGACGAUUGCCUGGCUUGGAAAUUUGCUCUGCAAGAUGCUAGAACAAAUGAGGCCUAUAUUGGUUCUGAAGUAAUGUAUGAAGACAAUUCAAUUUCUUCCGCUCCUCCUCCAUACACAGCUUAUGCUACACCUUCACCUGAGAUUUAUGGCUAUCCCCCAUAUAAUGGUGCAUAUCCGCCUCCAGGACCUCAAAUCAUCUAUACUUCUAAUGGACAAACAUAUGCAAUCCCUUACCAGUAUCCAAAUCAAGGUCCCUAUGGCCACGCUCCUGCAAAUCAUGUCAUCAUCAGAGAACGUUAUCGGGAUAAUGAUGGGGACCUGGCACUGGGGAUGCUUGCUGGGGCAGCAACAGGAAUGGCCCUGGGCUCCUUGUUCUGGGUGUUCUAGUUUUGCCCUGGAGCUACAGGACAACGGAAAUACCAAAUCCUCUGUGUGCAAUAAUGUAUCAAUUUGCAAAGCACUCCAGUUUAAUCUGCAGAUUUUAAAAAUAAGUUCUAGUAAUACUUUUGCUAGUUACAUUUUGGAAUUGUAGUUAAGGAAAUUUUCGAUCUUCCCAAAGGUGCACUUUAGCUGCAAAGUGGUUAACAUAAUGUACUGUGGUGAGAUGGCUUUGUGAUUCCAUACAUUGAUAAGAAAAUCACAGUAAUAUAAAUGAAGUGUUGUUAAUGGUGAAUAAAUGGCUGCAAUAGACUGAAUUUUACAAUCCAGUUUUAACUACCUUGUUAAAAUUACUUUGGUUGAGUCAGAGUGUCAAUUUCAGGGAAUAACUACUAAUGAAUAUAGAGUAUUUCUGGUUGUUUUAACACUCCUUGAAAAUAGAGAUGGUGGUGCAGUGGGUAGUCCAUAGGGUACGUUGUAUACUUUAAUAUGUAGGUAACUUCUGCAUUUCAGUGGCUGACUGGUUUGAAAAGGCUUGCAUAUUGAGCUUUCAUAGUUUGUACUGUUUUCUUGUAGACAUUCCUUCUAAAGGCUAAGCAGUGGAGACUCAGGAGUUGUCCCUAAAAAUUAACAAUUGUACUGGGAGGAUAUGAAGUUGUGUAAUUCAAUUAAAGCAUUCCAGUAUUCUAAAAUAUGGUAUUUAAUUAAGCUCGUAAACCAAAGUCCAAUUGUUAGGCCAGCUUCGUCAAUGGAACUUACAUUACGUGCUGAUUUACCAUAUUUUCAUUGGCUGCAUUUGCUCUAGUUGGGACUAACAAUUGGAUUUAGGUUACAAUGGGACAGUAAUUGGAGAGAAAUUUUAAUGUGUGCCCCUUUUGGCCUCAGCUAUUUUUGAUAUAGUGGAGUCUGUCAGUGAGGAGAGUUCAGCCUAGGCAUAAAGCUUUAUUCAAUAUUUAAUAAAUAGAUACUUGGGAGGUGCUGUGAUCAUUCCAGCCAUAAAUGUGUUUAAUACUUAGCUAUAUGGAAGCCUUUUAAUAAAGAACUGAGGGUAAUGGAAAUCUACUAUACACACAUGCUGUCUUUAACAGUUAUCAUUAACAGGAGGGUGCAUUUCCGAGAUACUCUAUAAGGCUAUUUGCAUUUGUAGGGUGCAGACAUUUCAAUAUGGUACUUCUUGAUCAGCUUCACUUUUCUGCUGUUGACUCACACAACUGUAAGAGGUUGUAAAAAAUAAAUACGCACUCUUGCUAAGAACCAGUUAUUUUCAGUUUCUACCUCCAGUUUCAAUAUGGCAAAUGGAUGCUGCUUUAUCUGUUGGAAACAGUGUACAAUUUAUAUCCAUCUAGUACUUUGUGCAUCCUGUUGUACCCUUGAGCUCUAAAGUGUGUUUAGACUAGGUUGUGUUAAUUGAUGAACUUAACAGCUGCAAGUGAAGAAAACUUCGGUCAUGCCACUUGCCAUGUUGGCAAGCACGAACACAGCGUCUCCUGUUUCCCCCAUUUGAAAUGCAAUAAUUUAAUUGUGAUCUUCUGUAAAGCUGGGUGAUGUCAUUAGAGUCUUUAAUGCUGGCUUCUGUAGGCCUUAUAUUACAUAUUUGCCACUGUUUGCCUUGGAGGGAGAUAUAGGCAGCAGCUGUUGAAACGUAAUGAAGACAUGGUUGCAUCAAGCACCUGUUGAAAUGUUAAAAUGUGUGCUUUUUAAAGUAAUUUUCCUGCUGAGCUAUUUGCUGACAGGGUCCAUUUAUAAGAACAGUCUGAGGCAUUUCAUGUGAUGGUACUGCAAACUGAAAACAUGAAUUGAAAAUAUUUCUAUAUUUCCAAAGUUUCUGGGUCCUUUAUAAAAUGAUAUAAUUAUUUUGGAAGUCUUCAAAAGAAUCUGAUCACAUAAUAAUAAUAAAAAAUCACUACCA